GAAUUCUGUUUUGGUUGAAGGUUGACCAAGAUUCUACCAGCAAAAGAAUCCGUAUUGGAUAAACGUUAACAAAAUAGGAAAACAAUUGAAAUAUUUUAUCCAACAAAAAUCUCUCAUAUGAGUCAAUAUCCAUAUCCACUAUUCCUAUCUUAUAGAACCUCUUGAGUUUUUAGAUGUUAGUUAUUGCUUUAAUUGCCUUCACUAUAUAAUCGAAACACCUGACUCAAGCUGCAUUGCGGCUUCCUCUUCACUUCACUUGACCACACAAAGCAUUGGGUUGCUUUUUUGUUUCCCAAGAUGGCGGAUUUAUCUCUUCCUCAUGGCGCUCUGUUCCUUGGUCUUGACAGCUCUACUCAGUCGUUGAAGGCAACUGUUUUGGACUCCAAUCUUGUGAUUGUUGCUUCAGAGCUAAUUCACUUUGACUCUGAUUUGCCUCAUUACAAGACCAAGGAUGGGGUUUAUAGAGACCCUUCUGAUAAUGGCAGAAUUGUUUCACCCACCUUAAUGUGGGUGGAGGCUUUGGAUCUCAUUCUUCAAAAACUAUCUAAAUCCAAUUUGGAUUUUGGGAAAAUUGCUGCCAUUUCUGGUAGUGGACAACAACAUGGCAGUGUUUAUUGGAAGAAUGGUAGUUCUGUAUUAUUAUCAUCAUUGGACCCCAAGAAGCCAUUAGUUGAUCAGCUUGGCAAUGCCUUUUCUAUUAACGAAUCGCCAAUAUGGAUGGACUGCAGCACCACAGUUCAGUGUAGAGAAAUAGAGAAAGCUGUUGGAGGUGCAUUGGAGUUGUCUAGAAUUACAGGUUCACGUGCUUAUGAGAGAUAUACAGGACCACAAAUUCGGAAGAUAUUUCAGACACAACCUGAAGUUUAUAAGAAUACUGAGAGGAUCUCUCUUGUUAGCUCUUUCAUGGCAUGUCUAUUUAUAGGGGCUUAUGCUUGUAUUGAUGAAACUGAUGGUGCAGGGAUGAAUUUGAUGGAUAUAAAGCAAAGGGCUUGGUCUAAAGUUGCUUUAGAGGCUACAGCUCCAGGUUUGGAGGAAAAGCUUGGAAAGCUAGCUCCUGCUCAUGCUGUUGCUGGUUCUAUAGCUUCCUAUUUUGUGGAUAGGUUUAAAUUCAAUAAGAAUUGCCUGGUGGUUCAUUGGUCUGGAGACAAUCCUAACAGCUUAGCAGGUUUAACCCUAAACACUCCUGGUGAUCUGGCAAUCAGUUUGGGCACCAGUGACACUGUAUUUGGGAUCACUAAGGAUCCUCAACCAAGAUUAGAAGGGCAUGUUUUCCCAAAUCCUGUUGACACAGAAGGCUACAUGGUAAUGUUGGUUUACAAAAAUGGGUCUCUGACGCGUGAAGAUGUUCGUAAUCGCUAUGCGGAGAAAUCUUGGGAUGUUUUCAACAAAUUUCUAGAGCAAACUCCUCCACUAAAUGGUGGGAAGAUAGGUUUCUAUUACAAGGAGCAUGAGAUCCUUCCUCCUCUGCCUGUUGGAUUCCAUCAUUACCUUCUUGAAAAUUUCACUGGUGAAACUGUGGAUGGCUUGAAUGAACAAGAAGUGCUAGAAUUCGAUCCUCCUUCUGAGGUUCGAGCCUUGAUUGAGGGCCAAUUUCUCUCGAUGCGUGCUCAUGCAGAAAGAUUUGGAAUGCCUUCUCCUCCAAAACGAAUCAUUGCUACUGGUGGAGCAUCAGCAAAUCAAAGCAUUCUGAGCUCAAUUGCAUCCAUCUUUGGUUGUGAUGUUUAUACAGUCCAAAGACCUGAUUCGGCAUCUCUAGGAGCUGCAUUGAGGGCCGCUCAUGGUUGGCUGUGCAGCAAGAAAGGCAGUUUUGUUCCGAUCUCGUCGAUGUACAAGGCCUUGGACAAGACAUCUCUCAGCUGCAAGCUCUCCAUGACUGCUGGAGACCAAAAUCUGGUUUCCAAGUAUGCCAUACUGAUGAAGAAGAGAACGGAAAUUGAGAACCGCCUUGUCAAAAAGUUGGGCCGUUGCUAGAUGUAAAAUCAGUUCAAUGAGGUGUGAGAAGGGGGGUCUGAGUGAGAGAGACUUUGUGAUAAAUGUCUACAAACAACAAUAAAAGUUAUUUCGUGAUUAAUUAAAGUUAUUUUCACCUUAUUGUUUAAUCA